AUGGCAUCGCGGUGCCACUCAACGGCCCCCGCGCGCGCCGCCGACUUCGACGAACUCAACGACUCGCUCGCCAGUGGCCUGGUCAAGAAGUUCGUCGACGAGCGCAAGGAACGCACUUCCAAGCUCACCCCCCAAGACGCCCUCUCGACGCUCGCCGACACCCGCCUCGCCCUCACCCAGGUCGUCAAGGUGGCGUCGACGGACAAGACGGACGACACGCGCCGCGUCGCAGAGAAGUACUACCCGCGGUGGGCGAAGGCCGUCCGCGGCGUCGGCGACGCCUCAAUCUUUCUCGCAGAGACAUACAGCCUGUCGAAGCUGAGCGACCGGUACGGCGGGGACCAGGAGGGCGGCGGGCUGAAGGAGGGCACGUCGUUCACGCAGCGGUCCGAGCUGGACGAGAUGCUCUAUGCGAUGGGCAAGGUCAUCACGCUGUCGGGGCGGACCAUCCGCGAGGAGGCGCGGUGGGACCCGAGCAUCGCGCAGGCGGCGAUCGAGCGGCUCGACAAGUUCGUGGACAGCAUACCGAAGGAGUAG